AUGUCGUUUCUUUUGGCGAGAAUUCGUUUUACGGCACCCGCUGACACAUUGCCAUUUUGGGAAAACGAGUCGCUGCUCGUCGUCGAGCCCUACACGGCUCGCUGUCCGCUGGAUUUGUCGGUGCCCGCCGGCGAAUGGGUCCGUUGCUGCGGACCAUCAAUGGAAGAAUGGAUUUGGGUGCAGCGCGGCACCGACGAGAAACAAGGCUUCAUUCCCACCAAAAGCGUCAUUUUGGCAACAGAUUUUAUUGAUAAAGUUAUCAAGGAAUGCCAUGAGGAGUUCAUUCUACCGAGCUUUUACUCAUUUCAAUGUAAGGACUUGAUUUCCCCUAUGAUCGCUUCCAAUCUGUCGUCUUCAUAUUUUGAUAGGGACGGUCGGACUCUAAUGCGAGAAGCUCUCACAAAAGUAGCUUUAAAAGAUAAGUGGUUUCCGGCAUACUCAUCGAGUCCAUCGUCAUCGAAGGGUUACUUAUAUUUCGGAGAUCGAUUCAUGAUGAAAUGUUGCGGAAAUAUGACAAUGCUUCUCAAAUUGCUCUUGAUCAUUGCCUGGCCAGUAAUUGUCAUUUCGAAGAUGAUCGAAUGCAAUACCCCAUUGGAAAGCUGCCCCUACGAGGAUCGUUGCAGAUUUCCGCGCAGCCUUCAAUUCGAGGAUUCCAUUCGAAUCGACGGCCACAUUGUCGGCGAAUGCAAGCUCUACCUGUGGAAUCCGAAAAGCGUCAACCUGUUCUUUCUCUACUCACUCGACACGGACCAAUCCGCGACCCUCUACUAUAGAAAUGGCACUCAGCCCAGUAUGUUCUUCGAUAAUAUUGAAUUUGAUUUCACACCGACGGGUCCCAUUUACGCCCUCAACAUUCGAUGGCGACCCGGCAAACUGAUGAUCUACAAGAUGGACGAGCUCAAAUUGGAGUUGAACACUCCCGUCGGUUGGGAGAUCACAUCACUUUCAUUUGAUAAAUGUUUCGAUCAAUACAAUGUAACACUGUAA